AUGCGCGCACCAGUAGUCACGGACCAGGUACGACUCCACGCGACCAAGCUCGAUGCGGUGUCUGACGAGAUCGACGCCGUCAACGUGCUGAAGGGGUCUGCAGCAUGGGACGCAGCAAGCGAGUUCGACAAGGAGAAGAACAAGGACGACUUCAGGCAAUACGACGACGCCUGUGAUCGCGUCAAGGCCUUCUAUGCGGAACAACACGCCAAACAGACACUCGCAUACAACGUCUCGAUUCGGGAAGCACACUCUGCUCGCCCCAAAGUGAAGAUGAGCGUCUGGGCAGCCCUCGAGCUCCUCGACCAGCUGGUCGACGAGUCCGACCCAGACACAUCGGUCGGACAGAUCGAACACCUCCUCCAGACUGCCGAAGCACUCCGGCGGGACCGCAAGCCGGACUGGAUGCAGCUCGUCGGCCUGGUCCAUGACUUGGGCAAGCUGCUCGUCUUCCUGGGCGCCGAGGGACAGUGGGACGUUGUAGGCGACACAUUCGUCGUUGGGUGUGCAUUCCCCCGCGCCAUCAUCUACCCCGACACCUUCAAGCUCAACCCGGACAGUCAGGACCCGGGCCUCAGUACCGAGUGUGGGAUCUAUGAGCGGGGGUGUGGACUCGACAACGUGCUGCUGUCCUGGGGCCACGACGAGUACAUCUACGACGUCAUGCGGCGGCAGAGCUCGAUUCCCAAGGAGGGCCUGAGUAUGUUGAGGUAUCACUCGUUCUAUCCCUGGCAUCGCGAGGGGGCAUAUCGCUACCUCAUGGGGCCGGGGGACGAGGAGCAGCUCAGGGCCGUCAGGGUGUUCAAUGCGUACGACCUUUACAGCAAGAGCGACGCGCCACCGGAUAAGGUCGCCUUGCGGCCGUACUAUGAGAGGCUUAUUGAGAAAUACUGCCCCGGCGAGCUGGAGUGGUAG